AUGAGGGAGCGGGCAUCGUCGAGUCAGUGGGACUGGGUGUUACCAACUACCCCGGAAUGCCAAGAGUGCAAAUUUUGUCGGUCUGGAAAAACCAAUCUGUGUGGACGCAUUCGCGCUACCCAGGGUCGAGGUGUGAUGCCAGAUGGCACUACGCGCUUCCGAGCUAGGGGGAAGGACCUCCUACAUUUCAUGGGGACGUCCACAUUUUCGCAAUAUACAGUCGUGGCCGACAUCUCGGUGGUGUCGGUAACUCCGAAAUGUCCCACAGAUCGAUCCUGCUUACUAGGCUGUGGAAUCACCACGGGAUAUGGCGCUGUUACCGCGACUGCGAAGAUUGAACGCGGCUCUAAGAUUGCAGUUUUUGGUGUCGGGUGUGUUGGCUUAUCAGUUAUUCAAGGUGCUGUUAAGAACCAAGCUAGCAUGAUUAUUGCUAUCGACUUAAAUGACGAGAAGGAGGAAUGGGCAUACAAGUUCGGAGCUACGCAUUUUGUCAACCCCGCCAAGUUGACCCGGUUCAACACACAGGACACUCUAAUCGAGAUGACAGAUGGAGGAUGUGACUAUACGUUUGACUGUACUGGCAACGUUUCCGUUAUGCGGGCAGCCCUUGAGGCCUGCCAUAAAGGCUGGGGUGAGAGUAUAAUCAUCGGUGUUGCAGCGGCUGGUCAGGAAAUUUCAACAAGACCAUUCCAGUUAGUUACUGGUCGUUCAUGGCGGGGCUGCGCCUUUGGAGGCAUCAAGGGCCGCUCUCAACUGCCAAGUUUGGUUGACGACUAUCUCCGUGGUGAUCUGAAGGUUGAUGAGUUCAUCACCCACCGAGAAACCCUUAGCAACAUCAAUACGGCAUUUGGUCGUAUGAGAGAAGGGGGUUGUAUUCGGUGCGUCGUGGACACCCAGAGGUAG